AUUUGCAUGUUGAUUUCCGUGGUACAUAUAAAUGUUAUGACAACACCAUCUUGUUUGCCUUAAAACAGUCGACAUUGCGAAACCUUUCGAUUUGGCGCCAAAGAUCACGACGGCAUUAUCAGUUCGGUUGUUUCAGCGUUGGAUUACAUUGAGGAAGGGUACCACGAUUGGUGAAAAUGGAGGGAGAUGUUGGAAGGCUUCAUUACGGCUUGGGACGCCGAAUCCCAAUUGUCAGACGUCAUGGCAGCAUGGGAAUAGGUUCGGCAACGUUGGGCUCUCGAAUCCCCACGCCCGUUCUUGUUGCCCGUGCUGUUGUUUCUUCCUCGGACGGCAAGGACUGCGUCGCCAAUCCGAAUCUUUGCGAAAAGCCCGUGGGCGGUUCGCAGUUGACUGUGCCCAUCGUGCUAGGUCUCUGUAUCCCACUUGUAGCCGCUUUCAGUGUCUUCUUCUACCUCCAUAGGAGAAACAUGAAGAAGCUGGCGGCCGAGGAGGCCCAUGACCCCCAUAAAUCCCUAGAUUUCGGCUUGGAUGAAAACAUGGGCAAAGCCAAAGGGAGAAACAUGGCGGGCGAAAAGGACGGCAACGGAUCGCGAUUCCACGCCCACCAAAUGUCGAUGGACAUGAAUCUUUCCAGCCCUUACCUUUUGCCGCCCGAUGCUCAUGGUUCUCAGUCAUCACUCAACUCCUUGGCCCGCACGCUCAACCCGCAAGAUGAUCCUUUCCGCCCGGUAACUCAGUACACUGCCAGUGAUGCCGCCUCGGUUAAGUCCAUGCCCAGGGGAACCGACAGGGGCCCUACAGGUCCAUUCCGCGGACCUCCUCCUCGUCAAGGUUCUAUGCCCAGGUCUCCCGAGCCCACUCACGCCAGGCCUGGUAAUGGACCCAGACCACCUAGAAUCUCUGUUCAAGAUCCCUCUUCAAAUGCGACAUCAGACAACGAAACAAGCGACUCGGAGAGGACUCUGACUGGCUCGCCAAGGGAGCUUCAUGCUGCCACCCACAAGGACGGUGUCAAGCCUCUCGCUUCUCCUAGCCAGCCGAUUAGCCCCGCGAAUCCUGCUGUGGACGUCGGAUCAAAGAAGGCUUCCACGGGCCUUGGUCUCUCUAAUAUUCCCGAGCCUAUGCAGGCUUCAAUCCACGAUGCUUCUUCGCCCUCUUCCACCCCUGCCAGCACUCCCCGCGAGCCUACUCACCCUUCAUCGGCUGCUCCGACUAUCCAACAGCCUCAAGAGUACUUUGAUCUCCCCAAGAUGCCCGAAGAGCCUGAGGAUGAUGACCGGAGAGGACGUAACAUGCAGAGAAAGUCUCAGCUCUACGAACAGCAAGAUGCUGCUAAGGAUGGUCCCGGCCUAGGUGUACCUCAAAACGGUGUGAACCGCCGCUUGUCUGUUGGUUUCCGUCCUCUACCGCCUGAUGAUAUCAUGGAGUCCGAGGAUCCCGAGUACCGCGCCAACCGUAUCAGGUCUUUCUACAAGGAGUACUUCGAGGACAAGCCUGGUGACGCGCCUCCUGUACCGGCACUGCCCAAGAACAUCGGUCAGAUGCAAGGAAAGGGUCCUCAGCAACCACCGCAGAACCAGGACUACGACGAUCUUGCCGCGCCCUACUUCGACCCCAAGGCGAAUGCCUUCGUCAUGCCUUACGCUCAACCCGUGGCUCGCCGUGCCAUGACUCCUCCCCCAUCAGGCCAAAGAUUCCCCGGCCCUCGCGGACCUGGUGGUCCCCGCGGACCUGGCCAUGCUCAAACAGGCAGCAUGAGGGGUAUGCCCCCCGGCAUCGGUGGUCCUCCCCGCCCUGGCUCUUCUGUCUCCAACCAGAUGGGCCCUCCCAGGAGGCCCGGAUCUGCCGCUUCAGGCUAUGGACGUCCUCGCGCCGGUUCAGCGUUCGCUGGUAGCAAUGCCGGUAGCCGUGCGGGUAGCAGAGCUGGCGGACCCCGCAAGCCCAUGCCUCCUCCUCCGGCAGACCUGCCUACCGUUCCCGCCCCAUCCAUGUUGAAGGAUGAGUUCUCAAUCUUCAACGCGGCGGACUUUGCUCCACCAGAGACUUUCAAGGAUCGUGUUCGUGGCCGGUCUCAGAGUCCGGCUGGUGAGCGCCGUCCGUUCCAGACGAAGGUCCCGGUGCACUCGCCAUUGGCCAAUGCCUUUGAAGAGCUUCCUGCUCUCCCCAGCCCUCACACUCUCCACAAGUCAAGCACAUUCACCGGUCUUGACUUCGCUCCUCCACCCAAGAUUGGCCACGCCCACAGCAACAGCGACGCCGGCUCGGUCCACAGCAAUCGCAGUGGUCCCCUUUCGCCUGCAGCGCUCAAUGCUAUUCGCACCGGCGCUGGACGAGUAGACCAUUUACCUGAGGACGCGCAGGUCUUCACGGCAAAUGCUGUGGUCGACAAGCUAAAGCCGUCGUGGAAUUUGCGUGAUUAAGCAGCGGAUGGGAUGCAAAUUUUUAAUUGAUAAUGACGAAAGCCUUUCUUCUUUAUAUAUCCAUAUUGUUGGUUUCAUCAUCCCCAGUUUUUCUAUCUUAGACACGUCACGCUCUCGCGAACCAUGCGUCAACGUUUUGGUUAAGUGGUAUUUAGUUGGGUACGAGGACAAUACGACCAAGCGAAAGCAUUUCAGCGUUUUAUUUUUGUUUUGCUGUCUG